AUGGCGAUUUUGCGGAAAAACACUCUAUACAGCCUCCUACUUCUCCAAUGCGCGCUGAACACAGUAGCAACCCAGAAUGACCUCCGUUACGUCAAUCCCCUGAUCGGGUCAACCAAUGGCGGCAAUGUCUUCGCAGGCGCGAGCCUUCCCUAUGGCAUGGCAAAACCUGUCGCCGACGUCGAUGGCCAGAAUACUGGAGGUUUCUCGACUGAUGGGAGCAAUGUCACCGGCUUCUCGCAUAUGCAUGACAACAAUAUCGUGGAUAAUUGCAAGUUCCCCAAGGCUGCUCGCGCGGUCCACUACAAGAAUGACUCUGUGGUUGCGCGGCCUGGCUACUUUUCCUUGACGCUUGAGAACGGCAUUAAGGCGGAGAUGACUGCGGCGCGGCGCACAGCAUUGUACCGGUUUACUUUUCCAAAGGGAUAUACGGCGGAGGGAUAUGAUCUCAAUCCGUUGAUCUCGGUGGAUCUGACUGAUCUGUGGGAUAGUCGACAGAAUGCUUCCAUUAGCCUCGACGCAGACAAAGGUCGAAUCAGAGGCAACGGUACUUUUUUGCCGAGCUUUGGAGCUGGCUCGUACAAGUCAUAUUUCUGUGCUGAUUUCGGCGAUGCUGAUGUCGAUGACAGCGGAAUCUGGGUCAAUGACCGAGCUGGAUCAGUGCAGGAGUUGUUUGUCACUCGCGGCUUCAACAACUUCUACCUUCAAGCCGGUGGCUAUAUGGCCUUCGAUCGACCAGACAAUGGAAUUGUGACUGUGAGGGUGGGUGUCAGCUUUGUCAGCUCAGACCAAGCCUGCAAAAAUGCUGAGGCGGAAGUGCCCGAGCCGGAAGACGCAUUUGAUGAUCUCCGGAAAAGUGCAGAGGCUGCGUGGAAGGAGAAACUCAGUCCUAUCAAGGUUAUCCCGGGUGGUGCCAGCAAAGACAUGAUCAGCGGUUUCUGGAGUGGUAUCUACCGAACUAUGUUAUCACCUCAAGAUCUGACCGGCGAAAAUCCACUAUGGAAAAGUGAUGAGCCAUAUUUUGACUCUUUCUACUGCCUCUGGGACGCUUUCCGGGCGCAGCAUCCGUUCCUCACAAUCAUCGACCCAAAAGCACAGUCAAAGAUGGUUCGUAGCUUGCUGGACACAUUCAAGCACGAAGGAUGGCUGCCCGAUUGCCGCAUGAGUCUCUGCAAAGGCUGGACGCAGGGAGGUUCCAACGCCGAUAUUGUUCUUGCAGACGCCUACGUAAAGAACCUCACGGGUAUUGACUGGGAACUUGCCUACAAAGCUAUGGUCAACGAUGCAGAGAACGAGCCUCUCGAAUGGUCAUAUGAAGGGCGAGGAGGUCUGCAGAGCUGGAAACACCUCAACUAUAUUCCAUAUCUGGACUUCGACUAUAUUGGCUUCGGAACCAAUUCACGGAGUAUCUCGCGAACGCUGGAAUACGCAUACAAUGACUACGCCCUAUCAGUUGUAGCAAAGGGCCUUGGCAAAAAGGAUUACGCCACUUACUUGUCUCGGUCUGGAAACUGGCAGAACUUGUACAAAGAAGACCAGAAGUCGCUGCUGGGGAAUGGGACAGACACUGGCUUUACUGGGUUCUUUCAGCCAAAGUACAUCAACGGAACCUGGGGCUAUCAGGAUCCCAUUGCCUGCAGCGCUUUGACAUCGUGGUGCUCUCUCACCUCGAACCCUUCAGAGACAUUCGAGUCUAGCAUCUGGGAGUACCUAUUCUUCGUUCCUCAUGACAUGGCAAAGCUGGUCAAGAUGGUCGGCGGCCCGGACUCUUUCGUGUCUCGGUUAGACUAUUUUCACACCUCUGGCUUGGCAGAUAUGGGCAACGAGCCGGUAUUCUUGACUGUAUACGAUUAUCACUAUGCCGGACGCCCUGGUCUGUCCGCCAGCCGAGCCCACGCUUACAUCCCGUCUUCUUUCAACGCCACGCAUAGUGGUCUACCUGGCAACGAUGACUCGGGAGCCAUGGGAUCAUUCCUGACUUGGAGCUUGAUGGGCCUGUUCCCGAAUCCGGGGCAGAAUGUGUACUUAAUUAUUCCUCCGUUCUUUAAGGCCGUCGCAAUCACUCACCCUGAAACAAAGAAAACUGCUACCAUUCGGAAUGUCAACUUCGACAAAACAUACAAGAAGAUCUAUAUCCAGAGUGCCAGGCUCAAUGGAAAGCCCUACACCAAGAGCUGGAUUGGACAUGAGUUCUUUACUCGAGGUAUGACGCUGGAGUUGACACUUGGGGACAAAGAGAGCGACUGGGGUACACGCAAGGAGGACCUGCCUCCGAGUUUGAGCGACUCGGUUGCUGCAUUUGGACACCACGACGGGAUGUAG